AUUCCACUCCUUUUUCAGAUUCUCUACCUCAUCCUCUCUCUAACACACACACACACACACACACACACACACAAAUUCAUCAAAAUUAGGGUUUUGAUUUCUCAAUCUGUGAGAUGGAAGACAGCACCUGCAAAGAUCUUCAAGUGAAAAGAUCAGAUGCUGCCGACUCCAACGACGACGUUUUAUCUCAGUGCGAUGACCUCUUAAUCGCCGAUCCUUCAUCUUCUUCUUCUUCCACGCUUACCGCCGACCGAUCUUCAGGACCUGUGAAUGAGUUAGAUUUUGAGCAAACAACAGCAGUUGUGGAGACUAAAGCUGAUAAAUCUACGACUGAAGAAAUGCCCAAACUGAUUAAAACACCAGAACCCGAAAAGUCAAGAAAAAAUGGCAAGUUCAACUUACGCAAAAGUUUAGCUUGGGACAGCGCCUUUUUCACCAGUGAUGGGGUUCUUGAUGCAGAUGAGCUGUCAACUAUGAUUGAAGGAGGUGAAAAAGCUGUAAAAUAUCAAUUACCAGGAAUCGAAGAGGAAGUAUACAAAUCAAUGGAUUCAAUUUCUUCAUUCGAAAGUGAUAAUCUGUCACUUGAUUGCCUCGAAGCUGAAUUAUUCGAUGAUAUUAGAGCUUCAAUCCAGAAAUCUAAUAGAUCAUCUAACUUUAAUAAUUCAAGUCUCAAGGUGUCAUCAGGGAAGAAAGAUCUCCAACCGAAAGUUUUUAGUGAAUCACUUUCUUUGUUGUAUACAGGUGUUCUUGAUGCUACGAUUGAAGGAGGUGAAAAGAGUGUAAAACGUCAAUUACCGGGAAUCGAAGAGGAAGUACACAAAUCAAUGGAUUCAAUUUCCACAUUUGAAAGUGAUAAUCUGUCACUUGAUUGCCUUGAAGCUGAAUUAUUCGUAGAUAUAAGAGCUUCAAUCCAGAAAUCUAAUAAAUCAUCUAGCGUUAAUAAUUCAAGUAUCAAGAUGUCAUCAGGAAAGAAAGAGCCUCAACCAAAAAUUAGCAGUGCAUUAAAAAAGGUGGAUCUUGAUUCCGGAAAACGGCAUGCCGCAAGAACAAAAGAUAACAACACUUCAUCAAUUCCACAACCUAAGAUAAUCAACAAACUGAACUUCAAUUCGGCAUUCACCAAACGAGCUUCUUUGAGUGCUAAUCAUGCAAAAAAGGAUCAAGAUCUUGCAAAGAAAGCUCAUGCUGCACAGAAAGGAACCCAAACAGCAAAACCGACCACUAUACACGGAUCAAAGGUAACCGGAGUGAUUGGUCCUCGAAGGGCUGUGCCAAAGCCUUCGAUCGGUUCCAAAUCGUCUUCUGCGGGUUCUUCAGCCACACUCAAAAUGGACCCAACAAGACCAUCUUCAUCAUCCAGUAGCUGUUCUUCAGGAAAUGACGUAAAAGUGAAUUUUUCAAGAAAAAAAGUUGAUUCCAUAACUGCUAAACUUACAGCUGGAUCAGUAAUCCCUAAAACGCCUUCAAGUAUAUCGCCUGCAAGUUCCAUAAGUGACUGGUCUCCGGAAUCAUCAAGGGGCAGCAGUAAAGAUACUAGUGUUUCUUUUGAUGGUGAUACCGCUGCUUUGAGUAAUCUUCCAACGCCUCGGAUCUCAAGUCAAAUUGGAAGUCAAACUGGCUCACUUUCUCGACCUCCAACGGGACUUAGAAUGCCUUCACCUAAGAUCGGGUUCUUUGAUGGGGGAAAAACAGGUGUUAAGACCCCAACUGGAAGCAUAAGAUCUCAAUCUAACGGUCCAACAAGCUCAAACAAUGUGAAAUUUGGAAAGAUUCCACCACCUAAAGCAGCUGUAAACAUGAAACCAAAUCCGCAAAAAAUCGUUCCUAAACCAACUCAAACUUCCAAACCGAAAAGCAAAAGUGAUAUUGUAACUUCUGUUGUUUCGGAUCAUAAGAGUGAAGCAAGUCUGAAUAUGAGUGACAAGGAUUCGAACAAACGGCCCAAAUCGAGUGACAAUAACUCUGAGGUAAUUUAUAAUGAAAGCGUUGCUGUUGUGAAGGAUGAUAAUAAAGCAACACCAGAUGGCUUAAGGACUCCGUUUGCUGUCAAGAACUCUGUUUCUGAUACCAAUGGGGCUGUCACUGAGAAAACGGUCAACUUUCCUAUUUUGGAAAGUCAACGUAAUGAGAACAGUGAGGUUGUUUGAAGUUCAUGAGGAAUCAUAUAAGUUUUUGUGUAACUUUUUUAUAUAUUACUUGAAGUUUGAUGCAACAGAUGUUAUGAUGUUUGCUUCUGAUAAAAAUAUUUUUACUUGUAUCAAAGUGUUUGAUUUUUA